AAAACAUUUUCCAUGUGCGUUGCGUGGUGCUAUUCAAAUUUAAUUCAUAACUUUCCUGCAAAGAAAUAGAAAUAAUAAAUAAAAAUGGGCAAAAAAGAUAAAAACAAGAAAAAAGGCAAAGGAGCUGAGAAAACUGCAAUGAAAACAGACAAGAAGAAUGCAGCAAAACAAAAGAAACUUCUUGAGAAAAUCGGCGAAGCAGACAUUGCCCAAGUUGUAGCAAAUUUAGAAGCCGAACAGGCCCGGCUGAAGACAGUAAUUGAAACAACAUGUCUUCCACCCACACCCAGGUCGAGUUUCACUCUUGUCGCUCAUCCGGAAAAAGAGGAAUUGAUUAUGUUCGGAGGAGAAUUCUUUAAUGGACAGAAAAUCUGCAUUUAUAAUGACUUAUUCUUCUACAACAUUGCCAAGAACGAAUGGAAGCAAAUUCAAUCACCUGGCGGACCAACACCCAGAAGUGGUCAUCAAAUGGUGUCCGUUGCUAGUGAUGGUGGACAGCUAUGGUUAUUUGGAGGAGAACAUGCAAGUCCUUCUCAGUUACAAUUCUACCACUACAAGGAUCUCUGGGUUAUGAGCUUGAAAACAAAAUCAUGGGAAAAGAUUACCGCGCCCAAUGCACCUAGUCCCCGAAGUGGGCACCGGAUGGUAGCGUCCAAAAAGAAAUUGUUUAUCUUUGGCGGUUUCCAUGAUAACAACCAAUCAUACAAAUAUCACAACGACGUUCAUAUAUUUUCUCUGGAAUCAUACACUUGGUUGAAAUUUGAAGUUCAGGGAGCGAUCAUUCCACCUCCACGGUCGGCGUGUUGUAUGGCUCCUUGUCCGGAUGGAAAAAUCCUCAUUUGGGGGGGUUAUUCGAAGUCAAAUGUGAAAAAAGACGUCGACCGGGGAAUCACGCACACGGAUAUGUAUCUACUUAAUCCUGAUAAAUAUACACCGAACCAAAAAUUCAAAUGGACCACCGUCAAGGCAGGCGGAAUAAAUCCUUUGCCCCGAAGUAGUGUUGGCUGUGCUGUAGCGGCAACCAACAAAGCUUAUUGUUUUGGUGGAGUUAUGGAUAUCGAAGAGGAUGAGGAAGAUCUUCGUGGACAAUUUGGAAGUGAUCUUUAUUGCCUCGACCUUGCGUCACCUACUUGGAGACUUAUUGAAGUCAAUAAAACUCCAAAGUCAAGCAAAGAAGAUGACGACAUGGAGGACGCAACAGAAGUUCCUGCUGCACAGACAACCACAGAUGGUGUUUUCACAAUCACAGUUGGUGGUUCUUCCUCAGGCGCUCCUAAGAUGCCAAGUUUAUUCGGCAAAGCUCCUUCCAACAAAUCUGUACCCUCUCCGAGAAUGAACCCGGGACUUUGUGUUUGCAAAGGGACACUCUACAUGUUUGGAGGAAUAUUCGAAGAGGAUAACAAACAAUACACGUACAAUGACUUCUACUCCCUCGACUUGCAUAAAAUAGGCGCAUGGAAAACAAUAAUUCCCAAUAACUUGAAUCCUCAUGAUUGGAUUGAUUCCGAUAGCGAUGGAAGUUCUUCAUCAGAGAAUAGUGACGAAGAGGAUACGAGCACUGACUCUGGAUCCGAUAUGGAUACAGAUUGAUGGAACGAAAACAACACAUCUUUUACAUACAAUUUUAUUUUUAUAAACUUAAUAAAUUUAAAGCGCCUUUAACAGAA